GGCUCUACGUUCCUUGGAGUGAGCAUGUGGGUCUGCCGCACGCUAUGGGAAGUGCGAACCCCGGCCCUGCUGCGGCGGAGGCUGCUCCCUGCCUCCGGCUGCCGCCGGCCUGCUGCCGCCUCUUACUCUGCAUCUGCCGAGCCCUCCCGAGUCCGGGCGCUGGUCUAUGGGCAGCACGGGCACCCAACCAAGGUCGUCGAACUGAAGAGCCUGGAGCUAGCUGCUGUGGGCGGAUCAGACGUCCAUGUGAAGAUGCUGGCGGCCCCUAUCAAUCCAUCUGACAUAAAUAUGAUCCAAGGAAACUACGGCCUCCUGCCCAAGCUGCCUGCUGUCGGAGGGAAUGAAGGCGUCGGACAGGUGGUCGCAGUGGGCAGCAGUGUGACUGCGGUGAAGCCAGGAGACUGGGUGAUUCCGGCAACUGCUGGCUUGGGAACCUGGCGGACCGAGGCUGUGUUCAGCGAGGAAGCACUGCUCAGCAUUCCAAGCGACAUCCCUCUUCACAGUGCUGCCACCUUGGGUGUCAACCCCUGCACGGCCUACAGGAUGCUGAUGGACUUUGAGCAGCUGCAGCCAGGAGAUUCUGUCAUCCAGAACGCAUCCAACAGUGGAGUGGGGCAAGCAGUCAUCCAGAUCGCCGCAGCCCUGGGCCUGAGGACCAUCAAUGUGGUCCGAGACAGACCUGACAUCCAGAAGCUGACUGACAGACUGAAGACUCUGGGGGCCGAGCAUGUUAUCACAGAAGAGGAACUGAGGAAGCAUGAGAUGAAAAACUUCUUCAAGGACAUGCCUCAGCCACGGCUCGCUCUCAACUGUGUCGGUGGGAAAAGCUCCACAGAGCUGCUGCGGCACUUAGCGCCUGGAGGAACCAUGGUGACCUAUGGGGGGAUGGCCAAGCAGCCCAUCAUAGCUUCUGUGAGCCAGCUCAUUUUUAAGGAUCUCAAACUUCGUGGCUUUUGGUUGUCCCAGUGGAAGAAGGACCACAGUCCAGGCCAGUUCAAGGAGCUGAUCCUCACUCUGUGCGACCUCAUCCACCGAGGCCAGCUCACGGCUCCUGCCUGCUCUGAGGUCCCCCUGGAGGACUACCAGAGUGCCUUGGAAACCUCCAUGCAGCCCUUCCUGUCCUCAAAACAGAUUCUCACCAUAUGAUAUCCCAAAGGAGCCGGAGCGAAGAGGUGGGUCAACAGGACUGCGUUUGGCCCCUCAGUCUGGGCCCUCGACCUUCCCUAGGCUGCUCCUCUCCUCGCUGUCACUUCCCACCAGGAGAGCUGUGGACCAGCCGAGGCUUUCCCCAAGACCAGCCUCAGGGUAGCCAAUAAAGUCUGAACUUCUCAGAAACAAACAAACCAGUAGAAAGCAUCCCUGUUGAGAAGGAUGGCGUCGUGCACCUGCUGCCUCGCAGCACUGAGAAGCCCCGUCCAUCCUCCAUUUGUGCCCGGCACCGUUUCCUGGCACCUGAAGGCCAGCCGGGGUGGGCCUGGCAGGUUCAAAAGCCAGCGAGAUACAGUCUCUGCCCUCAAGCUGUCCUAGCCCACAGAGGAGAAUCUUCUAAAAAGGAAGGUGGACUCAUUCUCAGGUGGUGUGCAGCUCGGUCUAGGGCUGGGGGAGUGAAUGCAAGGCUGAGGAACUGAGGAAAUGUGGUCUCGGAGCUGGACCACCCUCCCAGAAUGUCCACUCUAACCGGGGAGAUGGGUGUUACAACAGGGGUUCUCACCCUGAGGUCAUUUUCCCCCCAGGGACAUUUGAUAAGUGUCUAUCUAAAGACACUUGUCAUAAUUGAGAGGGUGCUACCUAUAGCUGGUGAGUGGAGGUCAGUGAUGCUGCUGAAACACACUGCAGUGCACAGAACAGCCUCCCUCAACAAAGCAUUAUCCAGUCCAAAAUGCCACCGUGCAGUUGAGAAAGCCUGCAUUAAACCAGUAGUCCUGCAGUGGUUACCAUAGUGACCAGCGUGCUACAGAAGACGCAUGUGAGGUGCUAGGAGAGCAUAACUAAGGUCUUGUCCCAGGCCUGGGUCAGGGUGCCUUCCUGAGGUGAAGCUUGAAAGUGGGCCCUGAAAAAUGAGUAGCUUUAUUCCAAGAGAAGAGUUUGACGUUAUGUCGCUUUUGGGUGUUUGCUUCAUGAUCCACUCACCCAAAGCAGAGAACUAGAGACUUUGGAUGUCUCCCUUAUCACCUGGCCCUCUGUCCCUUACUUAGCUCAAGAGCCUCGUUCAAGGAGGACUC